ACGUGUCUGAGGUUCUCUACUGUGACGAGGGCAUCUCAUAUGCGAGCCCUAGUGAAAGCAAGUCCAUGAGCACCAUGACUUCCACGCCAUCUCCAUGCGCCAUCGUCGCCGCCGGAUCGUCAAACCGAUGAGCAAACGUCGCAUCAAGGUAUCACCCGCGCCAGACACGCGAGGUGAAGGGAAUCCUCGCCCGUCCUGCACUCCCUCACGUCGUUCCUCGGCUGGACACGCACGACGUCGGCGUGACAAGCAGGUCGAGUUUACCUCCACGUUGCCGCUCGAGGAAUGCACCGGAUGGUUCACUUGUUCGCACUGCGCCUUCUUGACACGACACAAGGGCACCUCGAUCUCGGAGCCGGAUCGCCUGAUGCGCAUACACUUCGCCGUCAGUCGCGGGCCAGAGUGGGUCUGCUGCGGGGUGCCAGAGGAGGAUGCUCCCGGAUGUACUGGGGAGAUGUACGAGCAUGGAGGGGGAGGAACGCGUGACGGGUACAUGAGAAGCUUCAGCCGGCGGGACUCAUUUCUUCGGCAUCUGAAGAAGGCGACGUGCUUAGUACGUCAGGCGCGCGAGAACGAACACGACAUCUCCCAUCCCGCACACCCUCCCAUCAUCGUUCCUCGGCCGGGCGCGCACGACGUCUCCGCGCAACAAGCAAGUCCGGUUUCGCUCUCCCAGUACCGCGCGAGGAGCGCGAUGGCUGGUUCACCUGCCCAUGCUCGACAUGGCAGGCAUGAACCGGUGUGCUGUCAGGUUUGAGAUAGCGGGCCAAGUUAUUGACGAGCUUGAACUCGAAUACAUGCACAGCGGGGGCGGGCACUCGCCUGACAGGCUUCUUCG